CGAGCGCUGUCCUGGGCCUAUCGGCAUGGACGUGCCGGCUGGCCCUCAUUUCCUCGAGAGCGAGUGGGUGAUCUGGGAGCACCGCGCGCCCGACAAGAACAAGUCCUAUGAGGACAACAUGGCGAAGUUGUGCGAGGUGGCAACAGUGGAGGACUUUUGGCGCGCGUGGAACAAUAUCCCGAAGCCCUCAGAGAUCUUCUACGACGGCAGGACGCGCAAGAAGUUCGCGUCGCGCACCGUCGAGGCGUUCUCCGUCUUCAAGAAAAACAUCAAGCCGGAGUGGGAGGACCCCGCGAACCGGUCUGGAGCGGAGUGGUACUGCCGAAGGGCCUUCACGAUGCCACAGCUCGACGAGUUCUGGCUCCACAUCGUCCUGGGCAUGAUUGGAGAGACGCUUGACGCCGGCGACGAAAUUUGCGGCGCGCGCGUGGUCGACAAGUCGGUCAACGGGCGGACGAUGUACCGGCUAGAGCUGUGGUUCCGCAAGAACGACGACGCUCUCUCCAAGGAGCUGCUCGCCAAGAUGCAGGAGGCGUUGGGCAAGGGCGCGCAGACUUGCAAGUGGGACCUGCGUUCGCACUAGAGCAGACGAGCUUCUCCUUCUCUGCACUUUAUGCUGCUGAGCCCAGCCUGCCGCUCUCGCGCCUCAGGGUGCCGCACGCCGGUUAGUGCAGGCGCGGCUUUUUCUGUACGGUAAAGGUUUUCGGUAUACAUGUA